UCCAACACGGCACAGUACAAAAAAGUGAAAAAUCAAGAUGGCAGCUAAAAUCGCUCUUAUUGUUUUGGCGUUGGUAGCAGUGUGCUACGCUCACCCAUACGGUGGCGGAUACGCCGGCAGCCAGGGUGGCGGCCGUGGUCAAGGAGGCCAAGGUUACAACCAAGACGUAGGCUUCGGUGGACCAAGCGGUGGUGGUCUUGGAGGUGGCCAGGGCCAGGGCUUCGGGGGUGGCCAGGGCCACGGACAGAGUGGAUUCGAAGGUGGCCAGAGCCAUGGUCAAGGUGGAUUAGGGGGUGGCUCAAGCCACGGCCAGGGUGGAUUCGGGGGAGGACAAGGUGGGUUUGGCCAAAAUUAUGAUAGUGGCUUUGGAGGUGGCCACGGGCUAGGAGGCCACGGUGGCUACGGUCACGGAGAUGGUGGAUUCAGUGGCCACAGUCAUGGAUUCGGUGGCAGUGGCCACGGUCACGGAGACAGUGGAUUUGGUGGCCACGGUCAUGGAGGCCAAGGCCCUUUCCCCGGCCAGGGCGGCCACGGAGGCUACAAGGAGCGCGGUUAUUAAAUAAUAAAUAGUCAAUAUUAUUAAUAAAUACUACAUUUAA